AGUGUCAUCCGGCGCUCUCCUAAAUGGCUCAGCUGUCCAAUUCCCCGGGGAGACACACAUCUCAACUCUGAAUAAGAAAUUCCACAAAAUGAUGCUGCAGUUCGGAUCCUUUUGAACUUCAUGGUAUUCCUUGGCACCACUUCUUUCCUGGAAUUGGACAAAAGACGAAAACAUGAAGACAUCACUCUUUUCCUUGAUGUCCAUCUUUUCGAGCUGCAUGCUGCACAUGAGCUUUUGUCUAACUGUUUGCAACAAACCUGUCGCACUUGAAUGGCACCUGUACCAGAGCAUCAUCCAAGUGAACUGGACACUCAUGGAGAAUAUCUGUGGCACUUUUGAAGACUGUUGGGGUUUUCAUGGUGGAGAUGACCCGAGUGUGCCUAUGAACUUCCCACAGAUUUGCCCACUUCAGCUGCAGCAUGGCGACAAACUGUCGCUGGUCGCCGAUGAGACGCUGACGUCAUAUGGUGUCAGACUUAUUAACGUGUCGCAGGACGCUUUUGAGAGUUGUUCUGCAAAUGGGCUGAAAAGAGACCAGUUUGUUUUCCCUCAGCACAUCACUGGAAGCGAAGAAGUAGAUAGCAAGUGGCUUGAGCCAGGUCACCACUACUUCAUUGCUCUGCACAACGAAGACACUCAGCUGUGUAAGCACGGUUUAAGGCUCAAUGUGCUGGUCAAGACGCAACUUUGCCAGGCCUCCCCUCUGGUUCCACUUUGUUCUGGGAAGGGUAUUUGUGAAACAGACAACUGGGAAGAGCCGUACUCAUGCCGAUGUCACCACCGCUACUCUGGGAGGUUUUGCGAAGAAUUUGAUGCUUGUUUGGAUAGUCCUUGUAAAAACAAAGGAGUGUGCUUGAGCAACGGCUCUGCAGAACUGAAACACAGAACGUUUAAAUGUCUGUGUCCUCCACAUUUUGAUGGAACAACCUGCUCUGAAAUAAUUGGGAAAGAAAACUGCGACAGAAUGUGUACAAAUGGGACGUGCGUUCAAAUGUCAUCCAGCUCCUUCACAUGCAUCUGCGGUGCCGGAUUCACAGACCCACCUUGUGAGAGAAAAUCCACCUGCAGUCCAAAUCCAUGCAGAAAUGGAGGCAUAUGUGAGGAGACUCCCAAAGGUCUGAUCUGUCAUUGUCCUGAAAGCUUUGCUGGACUCUACUGUACCUUUGCAUUCACCGUUGAUUGCAUGUCCAGCACAUGUCAGCAAGAACAAAUCUGUGCCGCAGGAGAGCAUGCCUCUGAAUGUGUGUGUGCAGAUGGUAAAGUGGUCCCAGCAUGCAAGAGAAGGCGGCGGAAUGUGUGCAGCCCAUCGCCGUGCCUCUAUAAUGCCACCUGUGUGUCCAGGGGACAUGAUUAUUUGUGCAGAUGUCUGCAGGGCUUUUCAGGGAAGAAUUGUGAAGAAGUAAUUGACUACUGCCGCCUGCUCAAUAUCAACUGUCUAAAUGAGGGAUUGUGUUUGAAUGUAAUUGCCGGAUAUCAGUGUAUCUGUACCCCAGGAUGGAUGGGAGAGUUUUGUCAGUACGUGAGCAAUGCCUGCCUUAUAAAACCCAACAGAUGCUUGAAUGGAGCCACAUGUAUUACAACAAGCCAGAUGUCGUCCCCUCCACAGUACAUGUGCAAAUGCCCAAAUGGAUUCACAGGAACCCACUGUGAGAUGGAGCUCAACGAGUGUAACUCCAACCCCUGCCGGCACAAUGGCACAUGCUUCGACUUGGUGGGACACUAUGAAUGCCAGUGCCCCACAGGUUUUCUCGGCAAGAACUGUGAAUUGGACAUUGAUGCUUGUGCACUUAACAGCACAUGUCCACCAAAGACUCUGUGUUUGGAUCUUUCUGAUGGUCUAAAAUAUACCUGCCGUGUGCCCUGCCCCUCAAGCCUUCAGCAGCCAUGUGCCAAUGGAGGUCACUGUGUGUUGAAUAACGGCAACAGCUACACAUGUAUCUGCCGCCCAGGCUGGUCGGGCUAUAACUGUCGCACAAAUGUCAAUGAUUGCGUUCAGCAUUGGUGUCAAAACGGCGCCACUUGUGUGGAUGAAAUUGAUGGCUAUAGCUGCCUGUGUCACAUAGGCUUCUCUGGCUCCUUCUGUGAAGAGGACAUUGAUUACUGCGUGGACCAUGGCUGCUCUGAGCAUGGGGUUUGCGUGGACCAGCAGUUGAACUUCACCUGCCGCUGCACUCUUGGAUUUGAAGGGGCCCUGUGUGAGAAGGAAACAAAUGAAUGCAACACCUUUCCCUGUGCAAACGGGGCCACGUGUGAGGAUCAUCUUGGUGAUUAUAAAUGCCACUGUUCCCCAGGGUUUGAAGGAAGGAGAUGCGAUGAGAAUGCAAAUGAUUGCUGGUCACAGCCUUGUCUCAAUGGUGGCUCAUGUAUGGAUCUGAUAAAUGAUUACAUUUGUCAUUGUCCUCUUGGAUUCAAGGGCAAAGACUGCUCCAUUGAUAUUGACCUUUGCGCGUUUGGGAUGUGCACUGAACAGACACUAAUAUGCACGGAAACAAAGGAUGGGCAAAAUGUAUCUUGCAUAUGUGAAAGAGGAUUUGGAGGGUCAUUGUGUGAAGUCAAUCUCAACGAGUGCGAGUCAAAGCCAUGCCAGAAUAAUGGUGUUUGUGUGGAUGGCACAGACCUAUAUCACUGCAUCUGCUCAGAGGGGUUUGAGGGGUCGAAUUGUGAAAUCAAUCAUGAUGAAUGCAUCCAUGGGUACUGCACCAAUAAUUCAACAUGUAUUGACUUGGUUGCAGACUAUGAGUGCAUCUGUGCAUUGGGCUUUGCUGGUAAGAAUUGCUCCGUGUCUCUCUCAGCAUGUACAGAUGAUGUUGACUACUGCAAAAAUGGAGGAACCUGUUUCCAUGACUUAACCAGAGAAUUACAAUGCAUUUGCCCCCCAGGUUCAACUGGUCGUUAUUGUGAGCUGAACAUAAAUGGUUGUGAGGGAAAGCCAUGUGGUGUCUUGAGUGUUUGUAAAAACACUCUCAGCAGCUACAUUUGCUUCUGUGCGCAUGGCUUUAUUGGAACCCGAUGUGAACUUCACAUUGAUGAGUGUGCUUCAUCCCCCUGCAAGAAUGGAGCCACGUGCAUUGACCAGCCUGGUAAUUACUUCUGCCAAUGUCUGGCUCCAUUUAAAGGUCCAAAUUGUGACUUGUUACCCUGUGAGGCCAGUAAUCCCUGUGAGAAUGGAGCCUUUUGUCUGGAAGAGUUGGAUGAGGACCAUUACCCUUUGGGCUUCCGGUGCCGGUGUCGCCGAGGAUUCACAGGCCCCCGCUGUGAAAUCAACGCGGAUGAGUGCAUCUCCAGCCCAUGUGUCAAUGGAUUUUGCUAUGAUGUUGUAGAUGGCUUUUAUUGCCUUUGCAGUCCUGGUUAUGCUGGCCUGCGAUGUGAGAAAGACAUUGACGACUGUAUGAACAAUCUGUGCAGUAGCAAUUCAAUAUGUAAGGACCUCCAUCUGAGUUAUGAGUGUGUAUGUCACUCUGGCUGGGAGGGAGAGUACUGCCAACAAGAAACUGAUGAAUGUUUGUCACAGCCCUGCAAAAACAACGCCACCUGCACUGAACUCAACGGCUACAACGGUCUAUUGUGCAACCAGCCUUAUGACCCAUGUGAUCCCCUCCACAAUCCCUGCCUGCACAACUCCACCUGUCUGACACGCUCCGAUGGAAUGGCCUUCUGCGAAUGCCCAGCUGGAUUUGAAGGACGCUGGUGUGAAACUGACACCAAUGAGUGCAGCUCUAAUCCUUGCCGAGACAACAGCGACUGCUUGGACCAGGUCAAUUCGUACAGCUGUGUUUGUAAAAUGGGAUUUUCCGGCCUUCACUGCGAGCAAGACAUCAAUGAGUGCUCCUCACAGCCUUGCCUCAACGGUGGCACUUGUCAGGACCGAGUGAACAAGUUUCACUGCAGUUGCCCUACUGGUUAUUUCGGAACACUGUGUGACCUGAGUGGGAACGAGUGUCAAGUUUCACCUUGCCUACAAGAGGGCACCUGUAUCAAGAAGCCGGGGGGCUUUGAAUGUGUCUGUCGCGCCGGAUACUCAGGGGCAUGGUGUGAAGUUAACAUUGACGAGUGCAUUUCAAAGCCGUGCCAGAAUGAUGGGAGAUGUAUUGACGAAGCCGAUCGAUAUCACUGUGUGUGCCCCGACGGCUUCUUUGGACCCGAGUGUGAGACCAACAUUGAUGAAUGCUUGUCGGCACCUUGUUUUCAAGGGAGCUGUCAUGAUGGAAUCUCUUCCUACACGUGCCUUUGUGAGGUGGGAUGGAGCGGUAGCAGGUGUGAAAGAAGCAUUGAUGACUGUGCUACUAAUCCCUGCUUGAAUGGAGGCUCAUGUGUGGAUCUGAUUGAUGAAUACGCCUGCUUUUGUCAGGAUGGUUACACAGGAAAAGCCUGCGAGUAUGUGAUUGACGCAUGCAAAGAAUUUGCCCAAUUUUGUUCUCAUGGCGCUACAUGCAUUCAUGGCGAAGGAUUGAACUUUACUUGCAGCUGUCCAGCAGGUUUCAUGGGGGAUUUAUGUGAAGUGGAAGUUAACGAAUGUGGCUCAUCUCCCUGCCACAACAGUGCAAUUUGCCAAGAUCUUAUUAAUCGCUACAUCUGCCAUUGUGGGUCAGGUUGGACAGGCCUUCACUGUGAAGAUGACAUUAAUGAGUGCCUUCCACAGCCCUGCAACCAGGGGAUAUGCGUUCAGAGUGAUCCGGGCUACGGCUACACCUGUUUCUGUCGUCCUGGAUUUGUGGGGAGGAACUGUGAGCACAACUAUGAUGAUUGCCUCUUAAAUCCAUGUCCAGAAGCAUAUUCCUGUGUAGAUGGCAUCAACAAGGUCACCUGCCUCCCUCCUGCAACGGAUGCUGUUCCCUUGGAGACCGCACUCAAGAACAUCACUCGCGGCUUUACACCACGUGUGAAAACACCAACACUCCGCCCAUCGCCGAGAGCUGAGCAAUCCACAGAUUCAAAGUAUGCCCAGUAUUUUGGAAAUUCUUACCUGGAGUUUGGAAGGAUUGACCUUAGCUCCAUCAACAACAUCACUGUGAGAUUUCAGACUCAAGCAGACCAAGGAACUAUUAUUUAUGUGGGCCAAGGACCAGCUAAGAGAAAUUUCAUUGUCAUGGAACUCUUUGUCAUGGAUGGGAUGCUACAGUAUGUCUUUUCCUGCAAUAAAGAGGAUGAUGUUGCAUGGAUUAACACACAAAUUCAUGUUGAUGAUGGCAAUGUACACAUUGUCAAUAUCAGACAACACCUGGCUCCUUGUGAGGCUGAAAUAGCUCUUUCCGGUCAUGAGAGAAUCAAAAGUGCAGCAAGUAAUUACAGGUUGGGACACAUGAUACAAAGCACAAACCAUAUCUUCACAGGCGGUCUGCCACAACAAUACUCUGCCAUUCAGAGAGCAAAGCCUUUCUACAACUUUACUGGCUGCAUUGAAAUCAUUGAAUUUAAUCAAGUCAGGGGGUUGUACACAUCUGAUGCCAUCACCAGCAGCAACAUAGGUGCAUGCAGUGUGAACACAACCCCAGCUCCUGCUCAAGCACCAAAACACUCCCAGCAUGAAACUUGUGGUGAUGGUGUUUGCCUCAAUGGGGGAACGUGUCAUGAGCUGCAACAACCUGGCAAAGAACCGCCUUCCUGCCUCUGCCCGCUUCAUUUUACUGGAACAUUUUGUGAGAAAGAUUCCAAAGUGUAUAUCCCAUCUUUUGAUGGCACAUCUUACUUGGAGCUGCAACCUCUCAUAACCGUUCUCCAGUCCUCUGACACCAGCACUAAUGUCAAGGACACCACCGUUAUUCUCCAUUUGACUCUGAAAACUCGAUCUACACAGGGCACCAUCCUCUACACCCAGGAUCAGAAGUUUAGUGGCACCUUCCUUCACGUGUUCCUUCAAGACGGAAGUCCUGUUGCUGAGCUUGGAUGUGGCAGUAAACAUGUUCUCAAUGUGGCCACCAGCCAGACCAUCAAUAAUAACGAAUGGAUGUCAAUGACAAUUCGAUACAAGCUGCAUACCGGCGAACAAGCAGGGUCAUGUAUGAUUGAAAUAGCAGUAGAUAAUGGCCCAGCUCAGCAUCUCCAGGAGUCCGUGCAACUGCCCAUGUCAGAGGGAACAUUUGGUCCUAUUUUUCUUGGGGUUGCUUCCUCCCAAUGGGAAUUGCAUGAGGGGCUUGCAAAAGUAGCAAGAAGAUUUAUUGGCUGUAUCCGGCAACUUCAGGUCAACUCAAAGGAGAUUUUGCUGGUGGGUGAGGCCGUGAGAGGGAGGAACAUCAAGAACUGUGAGCCACCUGUUUGUCAGCACCUUCCGUGUCGGAAUGGAGGAACCUGUGUCAGUGAUUCAGAAGACUGGUUCUGUGAGUGCCCCCCACUUUACACUGGCCAGCUGUGCCAGUUUAUGACCUGUGACUGCAACCCCUGCAGUCACGGCGCAACGUGCAUCCCAAAGUCGCCACUUGAAGCAGUAUGUCUUUGUCCUUAUGGAAGACAAGGUCUACUAUGUGAUGAAGCAGUCAAUAUCACACGGACCAGAUUCAGUGGUACAGACAAGUUUGGCUACACAUCUUUUGUGGCCUACUCCCACAUUCCAAGUCUCAGCUUUUUCUACGAGAUUCAGCUGAAGUUCACGCUGGCCAAUAGCUCCUCUGCUGUGAAAGACAACCUGAUCCUGUUCGCUGGGCACAGAGGACAAGGCACUGAUGGCGACGACUUCCUCGUUUUGGGCGUGCGAAAGGGGAGAAUUCUUUAUAAAUUCAACCUUGGCUCAGGUAUAGCAACCAUUGUCUCAGAUCGACUGAACCUCCACAUGGACAUCCACAUUGUCACGUUUGGAAGGACCAACAAAACAGGAUGGCUGAAGGUUGAUGGACAAAGGAACAGAACGGGCUCAUCUCCGGGACCGCUGCGGGGGCUCGAUGCUGUCAAGCAACUCUUUGUAGGCGGAUAUAAUGAGUACACACCUGACCUGCUGCCACUUGGCUCCAGGUUCCGUCAAGGCUUUCAGGGGUGCGUUUUUGACAUGUACUUCCGAACAAGAAGAAAUGGAACAGUCCAAGUUCUGGGACAGCCAGCCUUUGGACGAAGUGUGGGUCAGUGCGGUGUCAACCUGUGUUUUCAUGUUCACUGCAGGAAUGGAGGAACAUGUGUGGACUCUGGUUCGUCUGUUUAUUGCCAGUGCCCUUUUGGAUGGAAGGGUGCGCUCUGUUCGGAGACAGUGUCGGUGUGCGAUGCUGUGCACACUCCCCCGCCUCUGUGUGCCCAUGGCUCCACCUGCAUCCCUCUUCCAAAUGGAUAUACCUGUCAGUGCCCCCUGGGAACAGCGGGAAUCUACUGCGAGAAAGCUGUGAGCAUCAGUGAUCCAUUCUUCAGUGGAAAGCACUCCUCCUGGAUGUCCUUCCCCCCAAUGAAUACGAGACACAGGACUGUUUUACAGAUGCAGUUCCAACCUUUAUCACCUGGUGGUAUCCUUGUCUAUGCUGCACAGCAUCUUGGAGACAGAGCUGGAGAUUUCUUCUGCCUCUCUUUGACAUCAAGAUUUGUCCAGCUGCGGUACAAUCUGGGGGAUGGUCUCCACGUCCUGCAGACUAUUACGAGAGUAGACCUGCACACUGGAAGCUGGCACACAGUGAAGGCAGGCCGGAUCUGUCAACAGGGCUUUCUAAUUCUGGACGGCAAGGAGGUCAGACACAAUGCGACUGAGGGGAUGAGCACACUGGAUGUUGCCACCAACAUCUUUGUUGGGGGCGUAUCCUCUCUGAGCUCUGUGUCCGCAGACGCCAUCGAAGGGGAGCCGACGGGCUUCACAGGCAGCAUUAGAGAAGUGAUUGUAAACGGACUUGAGUUGGAGUUGACGGAAAACGGGGCUCUCAGUGGAGCAAAUGUCAGGGACUGGGAUGGGAGCGCCUGUGGGUACAAGGUGUGCCACAAUGGAGGUCACUGCAGGGCAAUAGGAAGUGAGUCCUUCAAAUGUGACUGCCCAACAUCAUGGACAGGGCCAACAUGUAAUCAGUCUUUAAGCUGUGUCAACAACAUCUGCAAACAUAGCUCCAUAUGCACGCCUGUUAGUGAUAAAUCAUACACCUGCAUUUGCCCCCUCGGGUGGGGAGGGAGGUACUGCACCAGAGAGCUACCAACAGACACGUUAAAAUUUGUGGGACACUCCUAUGUUAAAUACAUUGAUCUGAAAUACAACCAGAGAAAUUUAAGAUACACUCACGUUUCUUUUAUCUUUCUCACAAACACAAGUGACAGUUUGAUCAUGUGGAUGGGAAAGGGAGGACAUGAAGAUGAUGACUUCCUGGCAGUGGGCCUUGAGAGGGGGGCCCUUAAAGUUGCACUUAAUCUCGGGGAGAGGAUUUCUCUCCCGGUGACUUCAAAUAGUCAGAUGCUGUGCUGCAACACAUGGCACAAUGUCUCCAUUGUAGUAAACAGUACAGUCAUUCAAGUCCAUUUGAACAACGAAAGAAUCAUUCAUGUGGAUGUGGACCCACUUGGGAAAUAUGUAGCCUUGAACUACGGGGGGCAACUGUACUUUGGAGGAUUUGAAAUGUACACAAACGUAACCGUCGUGACAUCGGGGUUGUUUUCAAGGAACUUUGAAGGAAAUCUCAGAAAUGUUUAUUUGUUCAACGAACCCCUUGUGUUUUUAAAAAGCAGCGAGGGCUUUAAUGUUCACAAUGGCAAUGAGUAGGAGGGAAAAUGGCUUUUGUGAGAAAGGUAAAUUUUGAAUAGUUUGGAGGUUUUUUUUAGGAAUAUAGGCUUGAAUAGCUCAGAUCAUUUGAUGUAAGUAAUUUGAGAUGUCGCCAGAGGGACUGAUGGCGAAAAGGCAAAGUGUAAUGAUAAUACUAAUACUAGCUGCUUAUUACACUAUGAGCAAUACAGCUUACCAGGCAAUUGCAUACACAAAUUGAUUGGGUGAUAAAAUAAAAUGCACGUUGGUAAACACAUAAUGGUUAAUGAAAAUAACUAGAGAAGCUUACCUGUCAACAAACAUUAUUUCCAGCAAGCUGUGGAUAUUAAAAGUCUACACACCCCUCUUCAAAUGUCAGGUUUUUGUUAUUUAAAAAGACAAGACCAAGAUAAUUUCUAAACUUUCGAUUAAUGUUGCCUAUAACUUAGACAACACAAUUGGAAAUAUUUUCAAGAGGGGAAAUAAAAAUAAACAACUGCGAUGAUGUGGUUGCACAAGUGUACACACCUUAUAAUUAGGGAUGAGGCUGUGUUCAGAAUUAACCAAUCACAUUCAACCAAAGUUAGAGUCAGCAUACACCUGCCACCAUUUAAAGUGCCUCUGAUUAACCCCAAAUCAAGUUUUCUUCUUUCUAGCAGAAGCCUUAAGGUUUGGUGCUAACACUUACUCCUAUUUCAAAAUGUUCAUAAUUCCCUCUAUCUUGACAAAGGCCCCAGUUCCAGCUAAAAAAUUAAAUAAAUAAAUAAAUAAAAGAGCAUCAAAGCACAAUGUUGCAUGCUCCACUGUAGGUAGCAGUGUUGUAUGAACGUCAAACAUACCAUUUGGAAUUGCAGCCAAAACGUUUAACCUUGGUUUAAAAAUAUUGUAAAAACACAUUUGAAAUCUCCUACUUGUAUGUGGGGAAAUGUGUUAUUGCCUGAUGUGACCAAUGUUGAACAAUUGGCCACAAAUCUAAAUGGUAUGUUUGGCAUAAACACAAAAAUCCUCAUCAACAAAAGAACACUGCCUACAGUGGAGCAUGAGGGAAUUGAGAACAGUCCCAAAUACUAGUUUUAGAACAAAACUUCAGGCUUCUGCUCAAAAGAAAAAUGUCAGGAAAAGCCUACUAAUACAGCUAAAAAUUAUUGGGAUAGUCAGAGGCACUUGCAUAUAGGCGCUACAUUGGAAUUGGAUACUUCAACCUGCAGGUGUGUGCAGACUCCCAUUUGACGUUUUGAAUUGAAUUUUUUGGUUAAUUUCCCCCCCCCUCACAGGUAAUAGUUCAUAUUGA